CCUCCACCUCCUCUUUCGCGUGUUGCUCGAGGCUCUGAAGCAGCAUCAGAGGUCCAUCUACAAGGGAAUGUCAUGCAACAGCAACUCACGGCUGAAUCGGCAUCCAAGCAGCAGUGAGGUGACAAAAAGUGAUUCAUCCUGUGCAGCCUUGAGGAUUAACACUUUGUCUUCAAUUUAAUUCCAGCUGGAGAAACUUUACGCAAACUACGACCGAUUCUCCAAAAUGCAGAUCUGGAGAGGGCAUGGUCGGUGAACUGUGAUUACUGCUCCCAGGAAUCAGAAGUCCUUCUUGGUAGUUUGCGUUUUUCGGGUGAGAGAUCUGGGCAGAGGCUUCGAAGAACCACAGCUGGUUUUGUCACGCAGAUACUCAACAGCUGUUGCUUCUGCCACCUCGACUUAAAGAGGAAAAAAAAAAAGCUACAGGAUGCAGAACUCGUACAAUCCUGACAAACUUGUUUGCAUAAAAGUGCUCUGUUCUUAGCAGCUGGUGAGAAUGAGCGAUGCCGUGGCGACCUACCUGUAUUUGAUAAGUGUGUUUUUCACCUCGUUGGAGAGGAGAGCGCAGAGGGAAAAAGUGUGCAGGAGUGAGCAGGGGAGGGGAGAGCCAGCCGGGAAAGGUGCGAGGCAAACGCUUUGAGAGGAAAAAUGACUCGCACCGCGGGGAGAAGAGACUGAACGAUCGCUGCCAGACAGAAGGAGGAGGGAGGGGAAAAAAAUUCAGACUUGGUCAAACGCCCAUUUUGUUCUGGAGCGCCGCGGCUGCCAACUUGAUGGGGACACAAAGAGGAGACUGCCUACUAGUAAGGAAAAACUAAUAACAGAAGACAAUGGAUGUCCACAACAGCACUUUACGCAAUGCGACAGUUCCCUACAGCCUCUUGGAGGUCAUAGCCAUCGCUACGGUGUCAGCCAUCGUCAGUCUGAUAACUAUAGUUGGAAACAUACUGGUGUUGCUCUCAUUCAAAGUAAAUAGCCAGCUUAAGACUGUAAACAACUACUACCUGCUUAGUUUGGCCUUUGCUGACCUCAUCAUAGGAGUGCUGUCCAUGAACUUGUACACCAUGUACAUACUGAUGGGCUAUUGGUCCUUGGGGAACAUUGCCUGUGACCUCUGGCUGGCAGUGGAUUAUGUGGCCAGCAAUGCCUCAGUCAUGAACUUGCUUGUGAUCAGCUUUGACAGAUACUUCUCCAUCACAAGGCCACUGACUUACAGGGCAAAGAGGACACCGAAGAGAGCUGCCAUUAUGAUUGGACUAGCUUGGCUGGUGUCUUUUGUCCUUUGGGCGCCACCCAUUCUAUGCUGGCAGUACUUUGUAGGAAGGAGAACAGUUCCUCAUGACGAGUGCGAAAUCCAGUUUUUAACUGAGCCUGUGAUCACGUUUGGAACGGCAAUUGCUGCUUUCUACAUCCCGGUCUCAAUUAUGACAAUCCUCUACUGGAGGAUCUACAAGGAGACGCAAAAACGGACAAAAGACCUUGCAGAGCUUCAAGGACUCACAACUGGGAAUGUCCCAGAGGGGAAUAAACCACAGAAGACAAUGAUUCGGUCUUGUUUUCAUUUCCCCAGAGAGAGAAGAGACCAGAGUCAGGCCUCCUGGUCUUCGUCUACUCAAAGUAACGUUACUAAAAUGACCAGCAGGUCAGGCGAAGCAUGGGUGAAAGCAGAUCAGAUCACUUCUUUCAACAGCUACACAUCAUCAUCAGAGGAGGAGCAUCGGGUUUCAAUAGAAACCCCACAAGGAUCAUUCAAAGAGCAGCAGACGGAACAGAGUAAUAAGAACGGGGAGGUUCCAGAUUAUCCAGAGGAGGAGUAUUGUUCCACUCCUCAGAAGAAGAGCCAUAAAAGCUUAAUUUCUUACAAGUUCAAAGGCAGCUCAAAGGGUAAAAAUGACAAUCCACCGAGUCCAAAACCGUGCCCUCCAGAGCCAGAGCAGCCGGUCAAAAAGCCGUCUACCUCUUCAUCCUCCACUGCUUCUAAGCCCAUAGACUCCGCCAUGAAGAACAGGAUCACCAAGAGGAAGAGGAUGGUGCUUGUGAAGGAGAAAAAGGCAGCCCAAACCCUCAGCGCCAUCCUCCUGGCCUUCAUUCUCACAUGGACGCCGUACAACAUCAUGGUGCUCAUCUCCGCAUUCUGCUCCAAGUGCAUCCCAAUGUCCCUUUGGCACUUGGGCUACUGGCUGUGCUACGUCAACAGCACCGUCAACCCAAUGUGCUACGCUCUGUGCAACAAGACCUUCCGGAAGACCUUCCGCAUGCUCCUGCUCUGCCAGUGGAGGAAGAAGAGGCGAGGCAACAAUAAAAUGAACUGAUGUGGUGGUUAAUGCUUUUUAUCCCCACAUAACGGCAUCUCUUGAUAUUUGCUAGUAUUCAUUUGCAGUGUGGUGGUUUUUGUAUUUAAUAUAUGUUGGUAGAAAAUGAGAAAAAGUCAAAAUGACUGGAAGGAACGUUUACUCAGCAUAUUAAAGUAGAUAAGCACCCUACAAAGAGCAAGAUGUGUAAAAAACUAUAUUUUAUAGCAGUAGCAAACACUGAGAAUUUGCAUUUAGAAUUUCACAAAGUUCAAGAGGAGAAAGAGGAAGAUCUAAUCAGUUUAGUCUCUUAAUUUAGGUCUAGAGGAUGAGGUUGAUUUUGUGUCUCAUGAACAAUUUUUAACCAAUUCUGCCAUGGAAGAUUUGGAUUAUUAAUCUGCUUCUAGACUAUUAACAUUUUUUUCUGACAGAGACUACAUGUUUUAGUUUUAAAAAAUCUUGUAAUUUCAAAUAUGUCAUGAUGGCCUGCCUUGCAUCAAGGUAUAAGAAAAACACGCCUCCGCCAUUUUAAAUUGCUGGAGUGCUUACAAGUAUAGCACAACUGAUUUGGUCCUAUAGCUAUCUUUACUAUUUUUUAAUAUAAAUUCAGAGAUCACUUAAAAUGAUCAGUUUCUCUGAUUUUACUUUUUAUAGUUAUAUGUUUGAGUACAAUGAACAUUGUUCUUUUAUUCUAUGAACUGCUGACAACAUGUCUCCCCUGCUGUAGAGAAAUUCAAGCAAAGAUUUAGUAUUUAUUUGCAGAAUAUGAGAAAUGGUCAAAAUAAUGAAAAAGAUGCAGAGCUUUCAGACCUCAAAUAAUGCAAAGAAAACAAGUUAAUACUCAUUUAGAAACAACAAUACUAAUGUUUUAACUCAGGAAGAGUUUAGAAAUUAACAUUUGGAGGAAUAACCAGGAUGUUUUCAAUGGGGGUCAGUGCAUUUUUUCCAGACCUGUACAUUUCUUCUCCUUUUUGUUUGCAUUUUUUAACCCUCAAAAAUUGUGCUCAAUAUAAAAUCUGGAUUUUCUCAAUUUUUAAUUGUGUGAGUAUACUACUGCAGUAAAAGACGGAUUUAUUUAAAGGCUUUUUGCACAUCUUUUUCCAGUAUAUGUGUGUAUUUAGAAGGAGCUAAAGGCUUUGCAAAAGUUACCCUGAAUGAACAUAUCUCAAAUUUUCAAACGCUUUUGUAUAAAAGAGCCAAUGUGAACGCAUGAAGGAACCAAAAUCUUUCUUGAAACGUAUGGCUUCAGAUUAUGAUGCCUCCAAAUCUCAGAAUGAAGAAUUUGUCAUUUGUGUACCAUGGUGGUUAAUGAUGCUGCCACUAUUCACAGAAAGAAAAACUGAUUAAAUAAGAAUAAUUCAGUGUAUUUUUCUAGGUGUUGUCUUCAAUCUGUGUUUCUGGGUCCAGCAUAAGCUACACAAGUGCAAAAAGCUUGAAGUGCUCAUUUAUGACAGCUGUUAAUGUCAUUGUAUUUGUUGCAUUGUACUGAUAUUUUUCCAUGCAGAAUCAGAUACACAGGUUGAUUUGAGAAGAUGUAAUUAUUUUGUGAUGUAUCUGAAAAAUGUCCUUAUUCUUCAUCCCGCCACAUUAAUUUGCGUUUUCUUAUUACGAGAUUAUCAAUCAUUCACAUGCUUAUUGCUGCUAAUGCUACUUGCAUUUCCAGUAUUUCUUUUCUUGUUCUUGAUGUGUUUUAUCUGGAAAAGUAUUUUUGUUUUGAGACUCACAACUCAGCUGUUAGUUAUGUCUUCUGAAUAAAAUUCUAACUAUGACUAUAUCAACAAGGGGGAUGUGAGGUAUCUGUGAUUGUGACUUUACAAAAAAAGAAACAAAAAGUGGAGUUCAGUCACUUUUUCUCAAAUUAAGAUUGAGGAAAAUAAACUUUCUGUAUUUAAAUGUCAAAAAUUGCAAA